GUGGGCGUGGUCUAAUAGUUCGCUGAGCCGCUGAGAGCAGGGUGGUCUUCUUACGUUCAAGCAACCACUUCAAUGAACUGCUUCUCUUGUAUCAAGAGAACAUUUCCUCUGAAUAUGUGACAUGUGGUUAAAAGAGUUACACAUGUCUGUAGAUAUGGACUCAUCAGACGGACUGUCCCAGUUCACGUGAUAAGUGACUGUUGGAGACAUUGAGACAUUGCAUUGGAAUGAGCUGAGACCUAAGGACCCAGUGUCUUUCAUCCUGAUUGAUGCAUAGAAAAAGGGAAGAGGAAUGGCCCUACAAGCGUCUCCAUUUCCUAAUGAGUUUGUUGCAUGCCUUCAUGCCGUGGGAUGGGCUCUUAUCCUGCCUUGUUUUUGGUCUCUUGAUCAACUCAUUGCUGUGUGCAAGUCAACCACCCUGGAGCAAACCCAGCGACAGGAGCAGGAAUGCUACCUCCACCCACUCAAGGUCUUCUUUGGAUUCAUUCUCUUCUUCAUUCUUUUUCUUGUUACAGCUCCCCUGGCCUUCCUUGGCUUUCUGCUGUGGGCACCACUGCAGGCCUGCCGCAGGCCCUUUUGUUACCACAGGGAGAUACCCUCCACAGCAGAGAGAGAGACACACAGGGGCUUUGAGCUGGUAGGAAAGGCAUCGUUUGGUUUUGCCACGGCCAACCUGUGUCUCUUGCCUGAAGGUCUUGCUCGUUUCAACAACUUGGGGAACACCCAGCACAGAGCAGCAACCAUUGGUCAGCAUAUUGUGCAGGGUAUAUGCAGACCUCAUAUCCGCAUUUUUAUUGACUCCCCUAGCAGUUGUGGUACUCUAAGCCCUUCAAACAGCAUACUUCCCACAGCUAACUCAUCUACAUAUGGGUCUACAGAUAGACAGGCACAGCCCCCUGUAGGUAGUUAUUCAGACUCAGCUGAAGGACAUGUUUCAAUCCCAAAAUCCAAAAGUAGUGACGGUGUGGUAUGUGAACCCUGCGAAGAUACACAACAGUCCUUCGCUGAGACACCGUCACACCUGUUUAAUUCCAAUCAGAACUCCAACCAGCAGGACAAGACAGGACACCGGAGUGCCCCUCGAGCUCUGCUCUCUCAGGGCCUCCGUCAGCAGGGCAAUCCACCGUGGGAAGUCUCGACCUUGUUUCCAGCCAAUGUGGACAUCCUAUGCCUUGAGGAGGUGUUUGAUAAGAGGGCGGCAAAGAAGCUUACCGAAGUACUGAAACCAGUGUUUGGACACAUCCUGUACGAUGUUGGUGUUUACGCCUGCCAGCCACCAUGCAGGUGUUCCUCUUUCAAGUUCUUCAACAGUGGCCUGUUCCUAGCAAGCAGGUUCCCUGUGCUCGAGGCCCAGUAUCACUGGUUUCCCAACAGCCUAGGGGAAGAUGCACUAGCUGCAAAGGGCCUCCUUUCUGUUAAGGUCCUCAUUGGAAAGAAUCAGAAACAGAAGAAAGUGGUUGGCUAUUUUAACUGCACACAUCUUCAUGCACCAGAAGGUGAAGGAGAAGUUCGCUGUGAGCAGUUAAACAUGGUAACAAAGUGGAUCGGGGAUUUUCAAGCAGUUAACGGACGACCCGAUGAGGAGGUCGCUUUCGAUGUGCUGUGUGGAGAUUUGAACUUUGAUAACUGCUCACCAGAUGACACUCUGGAGCAGAAUCACUGUUUGUUUGAGGACUACAGAGACCCGUGCAGGGCAGGACCUGGAAAAGAGAAGCCCUGGGUCAUAGGUACUCUGCUGGAGCAGCCAACACUCUAUGAGGAUGAUAUAAGUACCCCAGAAAAACUGCAAAGAACUCUGGAGAGCGAGGAGCUGAGAAAGCAGUAUAUCUCCCCUCCUGUUCCUGCAUAUGGCCGUCCUUUGGUUUAUCCUGAGGCUGACCAGCCGUGGAUCGGACGUCGGAUUGACUACAUUCUGUACCGUGAGAGCUCCAUCUCAAAGCGCUGUAAAACAGAAAUCGAAGAGGUAACCUUCAUUACGCAGCUGGCCGGUCUUACGGACCAUAUUCCUGUGGGCUUGAGACUGAAUGUAUCUAUGGACACAGACAAUGCUGAUGAAUGAGAGCUAUAAUGAACACAGAAUCAUAAAGGGAACGACAUGUAAAAAAAAUAUAAAUUGCUCUGAUCUAUUUUGGCACAAGAAAAGUUUUUCUUUAACAUACUUGAGUUUGUGAUUUCAGUGACAAUGAACAGAACAAUGAGAUGAUACCUCAAGCAAAGUUUAUUCAAAUGUUAUAAUGUUUACAAUUUUAUACAUAGAGGUGUGUUUUUGACAGAGUUAUUGAUUUUGUAACACAAUAUAUUUGUAGGAUUUUUUCAUUCAGAAUUAUUUCCUACAGAAAUAAAAUUUUAAAGAGUUAAUUUUA